AGGUCCAAUCACCCAGCAGACUAGAUCACUGAUACAAAUGAACAUGACCUGCUCAUGACGUCAACCAAAAGAAUAUUUGUGAAUUUCUGUAUACUUUGAGGAAUUAAGCCGGACAGGCUUAAUACAAACUUUAUCCUGCAAACAUGUUGCCUAAAAGAAGACAAUGUAAAAUUAUCAUAGCCACAUCGCUGUUCUGGAUCUUUGUGGACUUUGUGUUAUUACUGUACUAUACGGCGCCGUGCGUGGGGCCGACGUGUCAGAAGCAAGCCAGUGAAGAUGAAGGACCCAUCAAAAGAAUUAUUGACAGAGCUAAUAAAUGGAUGAAUGAAUUACCAGAAGAGAGAAAACAAAUGGACAUACCAAAGCCUGUAAAUUUAGAUGGCCCUGGUGAGAUGGGCAAACCUGUUAUUAUAGAGCCAGAGAAGAAAGCAGAAUCAGAGAGACUAUGGCACAUCAAUGAAUUCAACUUGAUGGCUAGUGAUAGAAUAGCACUCAAUAGAUCAUUGCCUGAUGUUAGGCCUAGAGGUUGUGCCAACAAAGUGUAUCCUAAGAAUCUUCCUACCACAAGUGUCAUUUUGGUAUACCACAAUGAAGCGAGGAGCACCUUGCUGCGUAACGUUCAUAGUAUCAUCAACCGGUCACCCCAUGAUCUUCUUGCAGAGAUCAUCCUGGUGGACGAUGCAAGCGAUCAAGGUAAGCAUUGCCAUAGUUACAGUCUAAUGCACAGAUAUUGGUAAUGAUUGUCAAAUGAAAGUAAUUGAACAUACAUGCAAGUGUAGCACGCACACUGCAUUACACGGGGGCUAUGGGCGACUCUCCCCACGAAAUGCCCCAAAGCGCCCUGGUAAAUAAAAAUAGAGCCCCAAAAAUUCCCAUUCACUGAAAUGUUUACACUUAUCCAGUGUUUGCAGAGUUUAGACAGUAGGGUGGGAAAAACAGCCCCCCCCCAAAAAAAGUAAAUAAAAUGAAUGAGUAGAUAAAUAUUAAAUGAAUGAAUGAAAAACGAAUGAACAAAUAUAU